AUGGGGGGCUCUUUGUCUAGGAAGGGCAAAGUCAGCAGGCCAAUCCCAGUUUCAGAAUUGGUCUCACAAGCAAAACAGCCAAAACCGGCCUUGGCCCGGGCUCAGCGGCGCACCGGCGUGGGUGGCCUGCUCGAGGAGGUGGAGCGCCGGUACGCGCACAGCGAGUUCCUGCUGUCCCGGUACGCGCACAGCGAGUUCAACCUCCACUCCAAGGCCACCAUCGGGGUGGAGUUCCAGACGCAGAGCAUGGACAUCGACGGCAAGGAGGUCAAAGCCCAGAUCUGGGACACCGCCGGCCAGGAGCGCUUCCACGCCGUCACCUCUGCAUACUACCACAGCGCCUUCGUCGCGCUCCUCGUCUACGGCAAGGAGGUCAAGGCCCAGAUCUAG